AAAGUGAACUCUGUGCCGGAGUCCAGACAGGUUGGGGUCUCUUGAACCAAUCGGAUAGUCAGAGGAUCGUUGCUGUCUGUGAGUUUUCUGUUACUUUUUCUAUGGCUGCUCCUGAAUCAGACUCCAAGUCUUCUUUUUCUCUGGACUCCUAUCAUGUCUCUGAGGAGCUUGGCUUCAUCCUCCCUGAUCCUCUGGAAGAGCUUCCACCGUACUACCAGCCAUGGAUGGAUAUUGCCCUGCAAGUCCCAGAGCUUGUGCACACUCACGAGUUGCGCUGCCACAUUGACAAGAUGCCGCAGCUGAGCAGCCAGUUUCUGCAGACAUACCGGGAGUUACGGUUGGCACACCUGGCGCUCAGUGUGAUGACCAUGGGCUACAUCUGGCAGGAGGGAGAGAACGAUACAGUUGAGAUGCUGCCACAAAACCUGGCUGUACCAUACUGGGAGGUGUCACAGCGCUUAGGACUCCCCCCAAUCCUCACCCAUGCAGAUGCAGUACUGGCUAACUGGAGAAAGAAGGAUCCAGAGGGCCCUUUUGACAUGGAGAACCUGGAGCUGCUGCUCAGCCUCCCGGGUGGAGACAGUGUCCGCGGCUUCUUUAUGGUCACCCUCCUGGUGGAGCUGGAAGCAGUCCCUGCACUGAGGAAUAUUCCCGUUGUGAUCAAUGGUGUCAGAUGUGGUGACGCUGAGACUGUGGCUGGAGCCCUGGAGGAGAUCAGCCAGUCUAUACAGGACAUGACAGAUGCACUCAAACUGAUGCACGUGUACGUGGAGCCUUCGGUCUUCUAUGGCAUCAUGAGGAUCUUCUUGUCUGGGUGGAAAGACAAUCCCUGUAUGCCAAAGGGGCUGGUUUAUGAAGGGGUCCAGGCAGCACCGAUGGAGUAUUCGGGUGGGAGCGCUGCACAGAGCAGCCUGCUGCACUGCUUUGAUGAACUUCUGGGAGUCAAACAUGAAGCCAAAAGUGGUGCCUUUCUCACCCGCAUGAGGAGCUACAUGCCACCUGCACACAAGGAGCUGAUCCAAGACAUCUCAUCGCAACCCCCCCUAAAGUCUUUUGUCCAGCAGGAGGCCAGCGAGCGGCUAAACAAGGCCUUUCAGCUCUGUGUCACAAAACUGUUGGCUUUGCGCAGCUACCACAUCAACAUGGUUAGCCGCUUCAUCACAGUACCUGCUGCCCACGCCCGACAACUUCGUAACCAGAGCAAGAAUUCAGAGGGGGAGAUGAUCAGCAGAGCACCCAGAGCUUUAGAGGAGAGGGGCACCGGUGGCUCCGGCAUCAUGACCUUCCUUAAGACUGUGAGGGACCAAACAAAAGACGCCUUGCUGUCGCAGGGAAGCAAAGAAGUGAAUCACGACAGCUGAUGUGGACUGAAAUACAGCAAAGUGUUAAAUACAUUGCAUGAAACCCCUCUGAUACACUAUUUUUUAUGUCACCCAAAGGAUUUUUUUGCAUUCUUUUGGCAGAAUGAGAGUGAGUGUCUUACAUGUAGCUGCGUUGUGUCCGUCAACAAACCUACAAGACAUGAGUGAUACCCAUCAUUCAGUCCAAACCAUAAUUCAAACCAUUGCUGAUACUCUCCAUUAUAUCCAACCACUAAUUCCUUCUUUAGUCUCAACUGGAACGUAGAAAAUGCAUCAGACGUCUGCUCCAGACCCACGUAUCUACAGGAUGUUUGGACAUCAGACAACAUAAGUCAUUACUGAAGCCCUGUACUUUCUGAGAAAGUGAUUUUGAGAUUCAGUUCGAAAGUAGUUGAAAUAUAACAGAGAGGAGUUAUCUUCUGUAAAUUAAAAACAUAGACAAAAACAUAAAAACGUGUUUUUUCUGUCUUAUCACUCACUGAUGUAACUGAACAAUAACUGAGUGACGUUUUAAGCAGGCAAAAAUAAUAAUCAUAUAAAAAUUUUAAACACUGCAGUUCUUAAUGAAACCAUGGCAGGGCACUAAACGGCAGAGUUACAAUUCACCCCAGAGUUUGCCUUUAAAAGGCUAGAACAGUAGGCAGCAACAAACUGACCUGAUGUAACAAUGUUUUAAUCGUUAAUAACAGUCAUCGGUAGACGUGUGAAAUCCACUCGAGCUAAAAUCCUCCUGACACUCUAAAGCAUCGACAGGCUGGAACCUGACCUUUCCCUCUCAGAAAAUAAUCAGCCUUUGUUGCGUCUUUACUCUACACUGCGUCCUCACAAUGGGGUUGUCAUGUCGAAGCACAAUGCACAAUGCAGUGCAGAGAUGCAUCACUUAUCAGAGUGGUUACCUCAGCACUCCUGUCCUCCUCCUCCAGCCCACAUCCAGCCCUCACAUGCCCCACUGUACUUCCUGGACUGAGAGUGUGGAAAACCCACAGUGAUGAAGGGAUGGAUUGUGUCAUGAAUGGCUCACGAUGUGUAAUCUUCACCUUUCCUGGCUCACCUCCACUGGCAUUUCAUUACAAUAGCAGCCUUGCAAGAUCAGAUAAGGCAGACGAUGUGGCAAUUAGACAUGACAAUCCCUCCCAACCUGAGCGAUCUACUUCAUCUCGCCCUCUUUCUGUUCACAUGCAGGGUGGCAGAGAAGAAAACAUACGAGUGAAUGAGAGGAAAAAAACAAUCACACAGAAUGCCUGUCAAGGUUUUCCUGUGGGAGAAAUUUGUUCAAGGGUUUUUGGAGAGAAGUUUUAAGCCAUUUUACUCUCAUUGAUGUGGAGCAAGUACAUAAAAGUGUAUAGCUGAGCAGUCAUCAGGUUGUCAUUCAUGCUUUCGUUCAAACAGUUCACUCAGACACGUUUCACAACCUGUUUGUAAAACAUGACAGGAAGGUGAGGAGGUGAAAGGUGAACAGAAACACCACAGGGAUGGAGAGAAUUUGAGUGUUGAGGAGGACAAACAGUGAGUUCACAUGUCACAGUGAUUUGAUUAGAGCCUUCUUCCACGGCCAAAGCAAAUAAUCCCCUUCCUUAUUGCCUGAAUGUGGGGGACUCCCUGACAACCUGGCAGUAAACACAGGCCAUCUCUAAGGAUGUCUUCAUUGUGUAGCCGGGGCUGGGCCUGCACAGCCACUGAAGUUUCACCUCAUGUCCCAAUGGUGACUGUUUUCAGUGUGGGACAUGACUGACACAUACGCACGCACACACCCGCUUAUGAAUCAUUUGUGCUACACAGACAGUGCUAUGACAAGUAUUACAAAAUAAAUGUAGAAAUCAGCUACAAAAGUUCUCUAUUCCAGUACAAACUUGCUGAGCAAAUGCUAUCAAGAAUCAACUCAGCAAACAAAAUCAAUGACUUUUCUCAAGGCAAAAGGGCAUCUGGAGUCACUCUUGUUUUCAUGAAUUCCACUCAAACAUUCAUAUUCCGUCUAUCAGAGCCGACAGGAUUACAGGCGUGGGUUCUCCUUUUGGUCAGACAAUCGCAUAUCUUGCCUUGGUGGUUAACCACAGGAUAUCCUGGAUUCUGUUAUUUCAGAAUUGAAUUAAUGAUGCUGCUGCUUACUUCAAUCCAAGCAAAGCCAAGACCUUUUCUCACCCUCUGAGUGAGCAGCCGCGAUGGCAGCAGCUCAGGGUUGAUUGUCUUUGGCGUGCACAUGACGGGCGUAGCUGGGAAUUAUGGGCUGUACAGUACAGUAGGUGACUCUGGGCGUCUCAGGACUUUCUACUCUGGACUUAACUAUCUUUAUCAAACACACCCACAGGUCACAUACAUCUUCAUAAUUCACUUACUGAUCGGUUUGGACACACCUGCGGCUAAAUUUGAGCUCUAUAUAUCCUAACAACAGCCUGUCAUCACCAUUCAUUCACCACCCAUGUUCAAAAUCUCUCUGUCUAUAGAUGAUGAUUUCAUUUCAUUUCAUUUCUUCAUAUAUUUGCCACUUGUUCAUCCCUAAUCAAUGGGCAGGUUAUAUCAAAUUACUGUCCCACAAUACAACACAACACAGAGAUACAUUUUAAAGUAUUAAAGAUUUGUGGAAACAGUGAGAUUUAGGUUAGUAAAAUUACCCAAGAUUGAAAGUUUGGUUUGUGUUAAAUUGUUUAAGAUUAGGUAAUCAUUGCUCUUUCUUAAUUCAAUAGGUAAACCAUUUCAUUAGUGGCUGGCUUGUACUGAGAGGACUGUUUUGCCAGACUUGUUAUGUCUGUAUUGUAUAAUCCAGUCCCCUCUGAUAGCUGCCCUUGUUGCCCUGUUGCGACUCUCCCUCUGCUUUAUGUUUCAAACUGUCUAAAUUGAAUAAGUUGUACUUUUUGUAUGACAUGCUGACCCUUCUCUCAAAUGUUUUUAGUGUCUGUUUGUGGUUCCAGCACUUGUCAUGUUUGCUUGUAAAAUAAUCAGAUUUUAUGUGCACAAAAUACUGAUUUGGCCUCAA